AUGCCAAAGCAGUGGAAAACCGCGCAGGCAAGUCUACGGGUGCUUUUGGAGGAAGACAAAAAUUAUGUGCACUUUCUUGAAACUAUUGAAGAAGAACUAGCAAAAAAGCUGCGGUUUGCAUGUCGGUCACGACGUGGGACACUCGUAGACAGCAUCGCCUUCGACAGGUUCGUCGAGGCGGCAGCUCAGCUCAAGUACCAACAUGUGUUUUUUCAAGGCAAAUUCAAGCCGAUUGUGGACGUAAUCGAUGUUGAAGAUGCCUGCUCUGCUGGCAGGUUGUGCGACGACCUGGUGGAAAUUGUGACAGACAUGCUGAGCGUCCUUCGUAUUCUAUACGGACUCUUAUUUUGUAGAAGGGAUGCCACCUAUUCAGCCCUGCAGAAAGUGUUUGGGACAGGCAAAAAAGAUUGGGACGGUGAGCUUCUGGAAAAGUAUUUAAAGACCCAACUCCUGACUAUAGACGAAUUGGUGGUGCGUCCGCUAAAACGCUUCGACGAACUCAUUCACUUUGUUGAAGAGCUGAGCAAUACCUUCUCCAAAGAUAGAGACUUUGAUGCCGCUCGCAAUGGCUGCAAUGCAGGCAGUACGGAAAGAGUCAACCGUGCUUCUCAUCUAAUGCAUAUCGUCCAGGAGAGCAAGCGCUACAUACAUCUUGUCAAGAGAGAUGAACGAGAUGAAAAGGAGUUGAUUGCGUUGCAGUCGUGCUUCUGCGGUGACAAGGCUAACUACUUUGAUGAUCUGUCAAGUAACAAGCUGACGCUUUAUGGAGAGGUGUUAAUGUCGCAUCGGUAUGCCUGGAGCGAUAUCAGUAAAGCUGGUAUAAAGGCUGACGCGGGAUUGCUUAGCAACUUAAACCAGACCUCUGUACACUGCUUUCAAGAUGGAACGUUAGUUUGCAGCAAAAAACAAAAGGGUAAUCCGCAGAAGUCGUUUACGAUCCUGCAUUGCUUACAGCUCAAGCGAGAUGCAGCAUUUAUUGAGCACGUUCCAACCAGCGUACAUGUUUUCGAAUCUUCUGAUGAAGCGCGUGCCUUUACACUGAUUAAACAAGAUACGAUACUUAUUUUUAUCUGGAAAGAUGCUACGGAAAGCCAACGUUGGGCUGAUAUAAUCAGAGGGUUUUUGGAAAACAACGGAUCGCGGACGGAUGUGCUCCAACAAACCCGAACCAUCAGCAGACUACCUUUGCGUGACGAGAUAUCACAACAGCUUGUGGAAAUGGAUUCAAUACCGACGAAGUUCGCAUCAUUUCACGACGAUCACCUUCCCGGUUUGUUUUGGUUGGCGCCCCAAACCGAUUUGUGCUCGCCUCAGUGGGAACUGGUCGAAAUUGUCCUGUAUUUUAAAUGGCUACUAGUUAUGAAGGUGGAAGGCUGGAAUAAGCACUCAAUUUUGUAUGAUUUUGACACUCACUCUCCCAAAAUGAAAAUCGGGGAGCGGGUGCGUGGCGAUAACGAGUGGAGCUUGGUAAUAUCCGAUGGAUUAACAGUCGACACUAUUCUCGUAUCAACAAAACGGACGAGGAUCGAUUUCUGGUUCGACCAAGUAUCAAAGGCAGUGCAAAGCGCUCGCACAGCAGCACAACGAGAAGAGAGGGAUAAGGGGGGACGCUCUGUAAUUGGCGAGCGUCGAGCGAACUCCAGUCAACUAAAAGCUGACUUGGCUAAGAAGAAAAGGAAGAUAAGCGGGGGACUCAUUACAAACCGGCCGACGUUAAAAAAUGAGGAGAUGUCUUUAACAAUGGAAGCAGUUGGCCUUGGUGGUGUGAAUCUAGGCAACGCUACCGACAAAGAACGAGAUGACCUUGAUGACGGCUCAAAGGUUAUGAACGUGGUAGAAAAUUCAAGCGCUGCGCCCAUGGCAACGAAACCCGACGCGUCCUUCAUCAAAUCGAAAGAGGUCUCACCUAUUGUAAUUCCUGGAGAGAAUGGCGCUUUUGCUGCUACUACAUCCUCGCCAGCUGUGAAAACACCAAAGAGUAAGUGGCUAAAAAGAAAGGCUGAGGACCCUGAUGACACCGCACUAAUGCUGACCCAAUCAGCCCCGAGUACAUCAGCGGAUGAACCCAUGAGUAAGAUCUUUACCCCUUCUAAACACGAGUCGAAGGCCCCAGAAGUGCGGAUCGUCCUCACCGGCAUUGAACCAACUGCUUCGAUUCGAAAGAAGAUUGACUCAAUUCUGGGUGCUGCGUACGAGGAAGACGUCGAGAAAGCAACGCAUAUUCUCGCCCCCCAGAGACAGCUCAAACGGACUGUAAAGAUGCUUUGUGGAAUAUCACGAUGUGUGCAUGUCCUCGAUGUGCGGUGGCUCGAUGAAUCGGCGCGUGUGGGUGCUUCUCUUUACGAGAGGGGAUACUGUCUAAAAGAUACGGAGGCAGAAGUAAAGUGGAAGUUUAGUCUACAGAAAACCAUGUACGACUAUACUCUGGAUCAGCGACAGAUGCUCUUUGCUGGUCAUCAUGUAUUCAUCACUAGCCAUAGGUCGAUUCUUCCGCCAGUGAAAGACUUGGUGAAGAUCAUCGAGUGUGCUGGUGGUACGGCGGUAGCUAAAGGCACUGCUGGUCCCAGCGAUGUGAUACUAUCGAGCGAGUCAGCCUUGGCUACAGCAUCAGUUCGCCGAGCAUUGACGCUAGCAAACCCACAGCGGAUCUACUCCACAGAGCUUAUUUUAAGCAGCAUCUUGCAGCAGCAGAUUGACUUCAGCAAAAACCAGCUGGGGACAACAAGCAGCGGAAGUCGCCGGCGCAAAUAG